AUGAGAAGAAAUAUUCGCCUGUUCAUUCCAGCUCUCUUUUCGAGCGUUUUAACAAGUUCCGAUAUUCUUUCAACUCGAAGAUUUGACUUGGACCAAGUUUUCAACUUUUUCCAAUGUAAAGAGUCUUGCAGUUUCAAUGAAACCCGGUUAAACUCAGUGACAAUCAAAUUAUUCCCAAAGUGUAAAGAAGUAUGUGGAAUUAUAUAUAUUGAUUCUGAAACUGAUCUAACUGUGGAGCAAAUGAAGAAAGCAUUUGAGAAAAUGAGAACGCUUAAAGGAGGAUUUAGUAUUGUAAAUACCGACCUGACAAGCCUUUCGGUUUUUACAGCGAAUAAGGAAAAAGGAAACUUCAAUGUUGCGUGUGAUGUGUACGGCGUUCACAUACGAAACAACUCACAACUGAAUGACUCUAGUAUGCUAUACGAUCUCUACUUGUACCGGGACCUGGGUGAUCAGGAGUGUGAAGUUCGUAUUGAGAACAACCCGAAGCUUGAAGUUUCUUGUGAUGGUGGAUUUUUACACAUGUACAAUGAGCUUCUUGUCAAAGGGAAUUUGAAGGAUUGUGGAUGUAUCGGUGGGAAAAUCAAUAUAUCAGAUGUCCAACAAUACUCCAAAUGUAAAACUCUAGAUUCUGGCCUAGAAUUAUCAAAUAUCAAUGAAACUUUUGAUCUUGCUCCUUUCUCGAAGAUCACGCUGAUUCGAGGAAAUAUCGAUGUUCGUGGCACAAAUCUGCGAAAUUUAUCGUUUUUAAAAAAGUUGCAAAUUAUUCGAUACAGCAAGGAUAUGAUUAAUAGGAGUAUAGUCUUGAAUCUUCAAGAUAAUCCGGAAAUGAUUCGGCUUGGAUUACCGAAGCUGACGGGUGUUGUUGACAUGACAGAUCCUUAUUAUACAUGGGAUGAUGAAAUUAAAUAUUUCAAUUUUGAAAAUCUAAACCCAGAUUUCUGUUUAACAUUAUCCGAGAUGAGGUACUUUCUGUUCUAUGGCAUUUCAACUAUUAACAUUCAAGCGAAACUUUGCACAAAUCCUGGGAAGUUAGAUGACUAUCAAAAUUGCAUUUUUGAGUCAAUGAGUAAAUUGCCCGAGAUAUGUCUCGUUAUCAUUGGAGAUUUAGUGAUAAACGGGGAAGGUGAUGAAAAAUACUUAUCAAAAUUAAAGUAUACAGAAUAUUUAUUUGGGACUGUGACUGUGAAGAACACAAAUCUUACUAGUUUGGCUUCUCUGGAUAAAAUUAAGUUUAUUGGUGCAUUGAAUGGUGAUGUAACAGACUUUCCCGUUAUUCAAAUAUAUUCGAAUCCAAAUUUAAGAAAAGUUGGAUUGAAUGGAGUUGAGAACGUAAUUACAAACGGAAAUCGAACUGCAAUCAUACAAGACAACCACCCGGAUCUGUUCAAAUCCACUAAUUGCCAACUAUUUGGAGCACAUUAUAGUACGCCCAAUUUGAUGAUUAGAGUGAACUUGACAUACAUUGGAAGUAACUGCGGUGAAAGAGUGAAUAUAACUUCGUUUGAAUCUGGACAAAUCUCGAUUGCCUUAUUAUUAUUAUUAUUAUUAUGUAUAUCCAUACUUUUCCAGUUGUAUUAA